UGUCUGCUCAACUUUGGUCCCGGGGGGUGAUCUGCUGCUUUGAGACAUUUUCUCGCGGGGCUGCACGUAACGCUUGGCCGAACGCGGCCGGCGGGGACCGCUGGGGUGCCCGGGGGAGCAGCGCGGGCCACCGCGCACGGGCGGGUGGCCGCUGCGUGCCCCUCCGGCCGCGCUCCGCAGGGCCGUCCUUCCCCAGGUUCACUUUCACUUCUUCUUCCGGAUCCCGGCAGCUUUUACCCUGCUGGUUUUCUCGCGCUAGAACUUGCGCAGUGCCUGGAGGUGCGAAUGCUGAAGAAGCCCUCAGCGAUGCCACGCCGCUUUGAUUUCUUGUUUCACUGUCACUGGGCAUGGGUUUGAGCAGUCAAGGCUAAACCGUGUUAAUUAAAAACAGGUCCUAAGCGAGGAAAAUGUGAGCUGCAGAACAGAGGAAGCUUGUUGUCUUGGGAAUUAGACUUCUGAGAAGGCUGAGAAGUUGUGGAUUCCCCUAAGUCUGAUAAAGAUAUGAGAAGUGCAAUUUUUUGUUGGAGCAGCUUAUCUUUCAGACUGGUGUCUGCCUGCCUGCUGUGUGCAUCACUUGGAAAGCCAUGUGAGAUCAGAAAUAAAAUGGCUGAUUGCAGUCACCGGAAGCUGACUCAAAUUCCUUCUGAUCUCCCAAACAAUAUAACGGGUUUGGACAUUUCUCAUAAUCAGCUAAAAAUGCUAUCUCCUGCAAAUCUCACCAGGUACAACCAGCUGGUUUACUUGAACGCAGGGUACAACAUCAUCUCUAAGCUGCAACCAGAACUGUGCCAAAAUGUGCCUCUGUUGCAGAUUUUGAAGUUAGAACAUAAUCAGUUGCAUGAGCUUUCUGACAAAGUCUUUGCUGCCUGCACCAACCUGACCGAGCUCAGUCUGGGAUACAACAUAAUACAAAUAAAAAAUGAUCCUUUCAAAACCCUGAAGAACUUGAACACUUUGGAUCUAUCUCAUAAUAAUUUGAAGUCAGCAGAUUUAGGAUCGCAAGAACAGCUGAAGAGCCUUCAUGAGCUUGUGUUGUCUAGCAAUAACAUUGGUGAACUAAAAAAGGAAGACUUCAAUUUUCUUAGAAGCACUUCCUUGAGUAGACUUGAUUUGUCAUCAAACCCACUGAAAGAGUUUCAUACAGGAUGUUUACAUGCAAUUGGAAAACUGCAUGGCCUCAUACUGAACAACGUUGAACUUGGUGAAAAUCACACAAGGAAACUUUGUACAGAAUUGUCAAACACAGCAAUUCAGACCCUCUCCCUGAGCCGUGUGAAGCUUUCAUAUGUCGGCAAGUUAACUUUUCAGGGACUGCAAGGAACAAAUCUUACCGUUUUAAACCUUUCAGAGAAUUCUCUGUCUGCGAUAGAAGAUGACUCCUUUCAGUGGCUUUCAAAUUUAGAAUACUUAAACCUGGCAGAUAAUGAAAUUACUCAUCUGUCUUCUCAUUCACUUUAUGGAUUGUCCAGUGUCAAAUACCUGAAUCUGAAAAAUUCACUUACUGGGAAAAUUGAAGAUUUUUCCUUUCAUUGGCUAUACCACCUGGAGUACCUUAUAAUGGACAAUAACAAAUUUCCAGGAAUUACCGCUAAUAUGUUCACAGGCCUGAACAGCCUGAAAUAUCUGAGUUUUUGUAACUGCAACAUAAAUUUACAAAGAAUAACCAAUAAAACAUUUUCGUCACUUGCUAAUUCCAGCUUGCAGGUUCUCAACCUCACAAAAACUAGAAUCUCUACAAUAGAAAGUGGGGCAUUUUCCUGCUUGGGACACCUGAAAAUUCUUGAUCUUGGCCUCAAUGAAAUUAGUCAAGAGCUCACAGGUUAUGAAUUUAAAGGUCUCAAUAAUAUACAAGAUAUCUACCUUUCCUACAACAAAAAUUUGAUUUUGCGAAGUGAGUCAUUCACUUUUAUUCCAAGCCUUAGAAAACUGAUGCUGAGGAAGGUAGGUUGCAGCAAUCUGGCACUUUCUCCUUCACCUUUUCACCCUCUACAAAAUCUGACAGUCUUGGACAUCAGCAAUAACAACAUAGCAAACAUAAAAGACGACUUGUUUGAUGGACUUCACAAACUUGAUAUUCUGGAUUUGCAGCACAAUAAUUUAGCUCGGCUUUGGAAACAUGCAAAUCCAGGUGGCCCUGUUCUUUUUUUGAAAGAUCUUCCCAACUUGCGUAUUCUUAAUUUAAAAUCAAAUGGGCUUGAUGAGAUUCCAGUUCAGGUUUUCAAGGGUCUGUUUCAAUUAAAUGUUUUGGAUUUGGGAUCAAAUAAUUUGAAUUUGCUUCCAGCAACUUUAUUUGAUAACCAAGUCUCUCUGAAUUCAUUAAAUCUUCAGAAAAAUCUAAUAACCUCUGUUGAAGAAAAAGUGUUUGGCCCAGCUUUUAAGAGCUUGAGAAUACUAGAGAUGGAUUCCAACCCAUUUGAUUGCACCUGUGAAAGUAUUGCUUGGUUUGCCAGUUGGCUUAAUGUGACCCAGGCAUAUAUACCUGGAUUGCAGUCCCAGUAUAUUUGCAACACUCCACCUAAAUAUCAUGGUAGUCUGGUGUUGCAUUUUGAUAGUUCAGCCUGCAAAGAUAGUGCUCCAUUUAAACUACUCUUUGUGACCACUACUACUGUUGUGAUGUUACUCAUCUUUAUUGUUCUUCUUGUCAAUUUUGAAGGCUGGAGGAUAGCUUUCUACUGGAAUAUUUCAGUAAAUCGAAUACUUGGUUUUAAAGAAAUUGACAGACUGCAGGAAGAGUUUGAAUAUGAUGCCUACAUUAUUCAUGCGAGAAAGGACAAGGAUUGGGUAGCUAAGAAUUUCAUCUCUCUGGAAAAAAAUAACCAUUUUCAAAUCAGGUUUUGUUUAGAAGAACGGGACUUUGAAGCCGGCAUAUCUGAAUUCCAAGCCACAAUUAACAGUAUAAAAAGGAGCAGGAAGAUUAUUUUUGUUGUGACUGAGUAUCUCUUAAAGGAUCCCUGGUGCAAGAAGUUUAAGGUGUUUCAUGCUGUUCAGCAAGCCAUUGAACAAAGUCGAGACUCCAUUGUAUUGAUCUUUCUUCAUGAUAUCCCAGACUAUAAGUUGAAUCACGCACUGUGCUUGAGAAGAGGAAUGUUCAGGUCUCGCUGCAUCUUGUACUGGCCAGCUCAGAAAGAACGAGUCAAUGCAUUUUAUCAGCAAUUAAUGAUGGCACUGAAGUCUAAUAGUAGAGUGCACUGAAUUUUGAAAAUAUGAAUUUGAAAUUAUGAAGACAUUUUAUUGCAUAUUUUCUAUAAUUAGAAAACAAGUCUUCAGGGGGAAAAAGGAAGACAAUUUCUCAUAUUAGAAAAAUAUAUAACAACCACUGUAACUUAAUUUUUAUUUGUCCAGAUUCAUGUUCUUGCUGAUAUUUUGACUCACUGAGCUGAAGUGACAUGUUAAAACGGACCAUGAUUGAUAGUCACCUCAGUCUGUAUCAAAAAUGUGAAAGCAGAGUUAAUUCAGAGAAGCACUAAGAGUGACUAAAGUCUUAGGAAAAGUGUUCAUCUGCAAUAAUGCAGAAAAGAUAUUGACUCUCUGCCCUAACGAAACAUGUAAAAGAGAAUGCAGUAAUAACCGAAUGCCAAAUGCUAUGGAAAAGGUAGAAUGGCCCCUACUAUUCACUUUCCCAAGAGAAGGGGAGAGUCAGUGAAACAGAUUCGAAAGCUUUCCACGUGAAACAGUAAAUAACAUGAUGAACACGGUACAGGUGAAGCCAAGAACGUACCUGAGCUUCAAAGUGAUUUUUUAAAACCUUCAUUUUAAGAAAAUAAAGCCACAGAAAGAAACUUGGCCCUGUGGCCACGUGCAGCGAAGGAUUACUAAACCUCUGUGAGGUUAGGACUGAUCCCUGUAAAAAACAGGUUUUCAAACUAGUCAACUGAUUUAAUCAAUUUAAAGAAAAUUUUUCCUCUUUCCUAUUGAAAUUCAGAAAUCUAGUAGAAGGCUAUUUAUGCUGAGAUGUCUUAAUAUUUUAUAUGGGCGUAAAACUUAUACGUGGGCCUUUAGUUGAAACUUGAAAUCAACACCAAACAUGGCAAAGGCCUAGCCUGUAUAAACUGAGUAAAGGCACAGAUAUUUCUGUAUCUAACUAGAAGACCUCUGACUGCAGUGCUACAUAAGAGCAGGAGCAAAACCUCAAAGAUUAAUUUCAAACUUUGUUUCUCUUUUCUUUAUGACUGUACAAUUUUGCCUUUGAUAGCAAAAAAGAACUGUGAAGAAUCUGGAUAAAUUCUAUUGUUUAAUUUCUUAUUAGAAUUAAUUUCUUAACACAUUCUACAGAAACAUGGAUUAGCUGGCAAUUGCUUAGCAUUAAGGUUCAAUCAUACAGGCUCAUGAUUCAGAGAUAGCUGGGAACCAGUAUAGUUUUCUGAAAGAUGUUCGCAGUGCUUGGAACCAGUUGCAAUUUUAUGGAAUAUCUGAGCAUGUAAUUGUAAAUUAGACUCUAGGCAGUCUGUGAUGUAUUUCUAUUAACGCUUAAUUGUCCCAGUGCAAGACUUUACAUUUCCCCCCUUCCCCCCAAUUUGUAGGUGGUUGAUCAUUCAGGAAUAAAUAUUUUUUAUUGUUUUUCCUUUUCACUAGCACUUCUCUCAUGCAUUUCAAUACCACCCUUAGUGUAAGCAUUCUGAUACACUAAUUUAGAAAAUAGAUUUCAGGUCAAUAUUUAUAAAUCACUAAAAAACUGCUUAUCAAUACAUAUAGAUGAAGAACACUGUGUUUUAAUAGAUUUUUCAUUGUUUUACAAGUAAAAAUGAACGAGAAAAAAAAAAGGAGCAUACAGCAGAUUCAGUUGCUCGGGAAAUCCUGCAGCAGAAACUAAAGGCUGUGUUUACUGACAAAGUGGUAGAUGAUGAUUCCCUAGUUACAGCAAUAGGAUGAUCCCCAUUGUGGUGCUUUCAUCUCCUCUUUCUGACCUUUCCAGGCUAAGUAAGAAAUUUUCUCUUUGUGCUUAAGCCCUGGAAGGUGAGGAGGCCCGACAGUAAGGAUGGGCUGCCAGGCAGGCACCACCUCAAUCCUUCUUUUCUUUAAAGGCUAACAAGAAAGGGGCUCUUACGCUUCCUAAAUCUGAACUAUAACGACAAAUAGCAAAGUUUCUCCUUCCGCCUCAAUAUAAACUGUCUAGAAAACUCUAGCAUUUCAUGUUUAUAUUAAAAAUGACAAAAGUAUGUAGAAGUGCUGAGGUGAAAUGUAAUAGGAUACAAGAGGUUUGACUUAAAUCAUCUAAUGGUCUAUUCUGUUCUUAAAAUGACAAAUGUUCAGUUCACUUAAAAUGACUUAAAGUGAGUAAAUGCUAUGGAUACUUAGUUUUGUAAUACAAGAAUACAAAGUAAAA